AUGAAUGAUGCGAAACAAUUAAGGGCUGGCGUUGUGUUUGUCGAUCACAUCCCGCGAACGAGUCUCGGAAAAGUGAACCGAAGAUAUUUCAAACAACUGGUCGCCAAUGAAUUGAUUGUUUUGGCCAAUUCGGACACAAAAUUGACAGUAAAAGAGUUGAUCACAAAAUCCAAUGCAUUGGCGAUGGCUUUGUUGGAGAAGGGGAUCAAUAAAUCAGAUAUUAUUCUCACUUUUGCCGAUAAUUCAAUUGAAUUGGUUAUCGCAAUAUUUGCGAGCAUAUGGUUGGGCACAACCGUCUGCCCAAUCAGUCCCAUCGCUAAUAUUUACGAAAUGGAGGGCCAUUUGGAAACAUUGGAAUCUAUGGUGAUCUUCACGUCAACAAUUAAAGCCGAAAUCAUAUCCAAAGCGUUAAAAAACAGCAAAAUAAAUGAUAGCUUGAAAUUGAUCACUAUAUUGGACGGCACUUAUGAUGAUUACAUCGAUUUUAGUGAAUUACUUGAACAGGGAUCCGAUCAACGGUUGCCAACCAUCCCAUUCUUUAAUGUCGAUCCCGUGAAAGACAUAUUUAUAAUGUUACAGAGCUCUGGGACUACAGGAGUGCCCAAAUCGGUGUUACACACACACUAUGGCUACUCUUUGUUAAUGACUGGCUUAACAUUUUGGACUCCGGGAGAGAGACCCGUUUUUGGGAACAUAACUCCGUUCGGGAGUAUCUCUGGUUCGGGCUUUUUAUUUCGCUUAUUAACAUCUGGAGUGGUUGUCGUUAUAUACAGCGCUUUCAACGAGCAGUUGAUUGUUGAGAGUAUUGAGAAAUACAAAAUCACAUUCAUGUUUAUAACGCCCCCAUUGGGACACCGACUUAUCGACGGACAACUCGUGGAUAAUUAUGAUCUCUCGAGCCUUCAGUUCGUGACUGUCGGCGGCUCUGCCUUUUCGGCCACAGUUGCCGAGACAUUGGUUCGCAAAUUUAAUCUCAAGUUCACUCAGGAUUUUCUUGGUUCGGAUACAGAUGAGUUGAUCGAGGGCAAUUUAGGCCCACCAAAUGUUAACACCGAACUAAAAGUGAUUGAUUUGACAAACGGAUCAAAUUUAGGGCCCGAUAUUGACGGCGAGAUCUGUGUUCGCGGACCGUCAAUGUUUGCCGGAUAUCUAAACAACUCGUUGGCCACCAANGAAAUUGACGCGAAUUCAGACACAGAAUUGACAGUAAAAGAGUUGAUCACAAAAUCCAAUGCAUUGGCGAUGGCUUUGUUGGAGAAGGGGAUCAAUAAAUCGGAUAUUAUUCUUACUUUUGCCGAUAAUUCAAUUGAAUUGGUUAUCGCAAUGUUUGCGAGCGUAUGGUUGGGCACAACUAUCUGCCCAAUCAGUCCCAUCGCUAAUAUUUACGAAAUGGAGGGCCAUUUGGAAACAUUGGAAUCUAUGGUAAUCUUCACGUCAACAACUAAAGCCGAAAUCAUAUCCAAAGCGUUAGAAAACAACAAAAUAAAUGAUUGCGUGAAAUUGAUCACUAUAUUGGACGGCACUUAUGAUGAUUACAUCGAUUUUAGUGUAUUACUUAAACAGGGAUCCAAUCAAAUGUUGCCAACCAUACCAUUCUUUACUGUCGAUCCCGUGAAAGAUAUAUUCAUAAUGUUACAAAGCUCUGGGACUACAGGAGUGCCCAAAUCAGUGUUACACACACACUAUGGUUACUAUUUGUUAAUGUCUGGCUUAACAUUUUGGACUCCGGGAGAGAGACCCGUCUUUGGGAACAUAACUCCGUUCGGGAGUGUCUCGGGUUCGGGCUUUUUAUUUCGCUUAUUAACGACUGGAGUGGUCGUCGUUAUAUACAGCGCUUUAGACGAUCAGUUGAUUGUUGAGAGUAUUGAGAAAUACAAAAUCACAUUCAUGUUUAUAACGCCCCCAUUGGGACACCGACUCAUCGACGGACAACUCGUUGAUAAUUACGAUCUCUCGAGCCUUCAGUUCGUGACUGUCGGCGGUUCUGCCUUUUCAGCCACAGUUGCCGAGACAUUGGUUCGCAAAUUUAAUCUCAAAUUCACUCAGGGGUAUGGAAUGACCGAAUAUGGUGCGAUUACAGAUUUUCUUGGUUCGGAUACUAAUGAAUUGAUCGAGGGCAAUUUAGGUCCACCCAAUAUUAACACCGAACUAAAAGUGAUUGAUUUGACAAACGGAUCAAAUUUAGGGCCCGAUAUUGACGGCGAGAUCUGUGUUCGCGGACCGUCAAUGUUUGCCGGAUAUCUAAACAACUCGUUGGCCACCAAUGAAGCCAUAGAUAGCGAGGGAUGGCUUCACACCGGAGAUAUCGGUCAUUAUGACCAACAAAAUCGCUUCUUUAUAACCGAUAGACUCAAAGAACUGAUCAAAUAUGGGACAAAACAGGUCUCCCCGACAGAGAUUGAGCUCUUUUUAGAGACACACAAAUGUGUGGCAGAGGCGGCAGUGGUUGGCGUUAAGCACGAGAUUGAGAGUCAAUGGGUUAGGGCUUAUGUCAAAGUGAAAGAUGGGAUGUCUGUCACCGAAGAGGAGAUCAAACAAUACGUUUCGGACAACAUGAAUGAUGCGAAACAAUUAAGGGCUGGCGUUGUGUUUGUCGAUCACAUCCCGCGAACGAGUCUCGGAAAAGUGAACCGAAGAUAUUUCAAACAACUGGUCGCCAAUGAAUUGAUUGCAUCGGUUUAAGCAGUGUUUUCGUAUAAUUAUAAUUUUAUGAUAAUAUCGUCAAAGUUUUAACAAUCUUUAACUGUUAUACUUUUAUGUAAAUUUUAUUUUUAUAAUUUCAGUAAAACAUUUAUAAGCCUUUGUGAAUGUAUUUAUGCUGUGUUAUAUUUACAGUGUAUGAUUUAUUGAAUUUUCAUUAUGAUAACU